AUGUUUGGCCCUACAUGGGGACUCAAACCAAGGAUGGUCAGGUGGAUAUCCCAGGCCAUCCUUGAACCCAUCAUAACAUACGCCUCGAUUAUGUGGUGGACCUCUAUGAAGAGGGGAGCACACAGAAGGACUACAGAAAGAAUAUACCGUAUAGCAUUGCUGGAGAUAACAGGUGCGCUCCCCACCACGCCCACUAUGGCAAUGGGAGCGCUGCUCGAUAUCAAGCCACCCCAUCUAAUAGUGAUGGCAACGGCUUGGAGAGCGGCCAUCCGCCUCCAUCAAGCUGAAAAAUGGUCCCCAGCGAGCGGUGGGCACACCGAGAUCCUCAGGGAUCUGGGUUCGGAGUUAAUUCUAACCCACGGUGGAGACCGCUGCAAGACGGAGUACCUCUUCAGACGAGAAUACGAUUUAAUCCUUCCAGACAGGGAGAAAUGGCUGGAGGACGCAAACGGCAUUCUGACUCCGGGGGGGCUGGUCUGGUUCACAGACGGCUCGAAGACCGGAUCUGGCACCGGAGCCGGGAUUGCGGUGGAGAGCCCAAGGGUCGAAUUGACCCACAAGCUGGGCCACCAUGUUACGGUCCUCCAAGCAGAGAUAUUUGCCAUCUGGGCCUGCGCCAAAUAUAAUUUGGAAAGGGCUCACUCAGGCAAACACAUUUAUAUCUGCAGUGACAGCCUUGCUGCGCUUAGAGCCCUCCACAAAGUGGAGAUUGGGUCGAAGCUAGUCAGGGACUGUGCACUGACUCUAGGCUAUCUCUGA